UAUAACCUAUAAAUGGUGUAAACAUUUAUCAAGUCCUAACAGGAUGCUUUAAUUAUCUGUUAAUAAUACACUAUUAAACCAAAUGCGUGUGUCUUUUCUAUAAAAAAAAUAUCGGUUAUCAUGUUCUACAUUAAAAUACUCUUUGCCAUAUUUAUACCCAAUGUUUUAAUGUUAAAUAAUGAAGAUUAUUGUGAUAAGAAUGGUCUUGACUGUAAUAAGCCAAAUAUUAGAUAUAUGUUUUAUGAUGUUAAUCCACCAGAAGGUUUCAAUUUAAGAAGGGAUGUGUUCAUGAGAUUUGCUAUUUUUGCCAGAAAGCUAUCCAAAUCUUCUGAUCCCAAAUUACACAAUUUUCAAUUAGUGUUACCACCAUGGUCCAAUUUGCAUCAUUGGAAACAUACUGAAGAACCUGAACAUUUACCUUGGUCUUUGUUCUUUGACUUGGGAAGUUUACAAAAGUUUUCUCCUGUGAUUGAAAUGCAUCAGUUUUUUACAAAUUUAGAAAGAAAUUAUGGCUAUGUUAGAAUUGAAGAUGUUUAUGUGUUGCAACACUAUGAAGACAUGUUUUCCAGUGGAAAAUUUGAGGAAAAAAUGAAUAUUUCAUCAUGUGUCAAAGAACCCACAACUAAUUUCUAUUAUUAUCAAAAUGUAACUUCAAAUAACAUUAGAUGUUUAUCAUUUCAUGGACAUACCUCCCAACUGACAAAAAUACUCAAGGAAACAAAUGCUCAAUCAAUAUAUUUUGAUCAUGGAGAAGUCGCACUUCAUGAUCGCUUCGGUGACUCGAUUUAUUGGCAGUGUCGACGAAGUAUGCGCUUCAACAAGGAAUUGGUCCAAAUUUCAAAUGAUUACCGCCAACGAUUUCUCAACUCUACUGAUAUUACUGACAAAACUGAACUACCAUUAGACUGGCGAGACGAAAAACAACACCGUGAUGCGAUUGGAGGUCCGUAUUUAUCUGUUCACUUAAGGCGACGUGAUUUUGUUUGGGGUAGACCAAAACAAACGCCUAGUAUUGAAUAUACCGCUGAACAAAUUCGUGAAAAACUUAUGGAAUUGGCAUUAGAUACUGUUUUCAUUGCUACUGACUCACCGCCGAACGAAUUCGAAGAACUGAAAAGUUUUCUAACCCCUGACAUUAACGUAUUUCGUUUUAAACCCAACAAAGAAGUUAAAAAGCGUUAUAAAGAUGGCGGAAUUGCGAUAAUUGAACAAAUUAUCUGUUCUCAUGCGAGAUAUUUCAUUGGUACGUAUGAAAGUACGUUCUCGUUUCGUAUUCAGGAAGAACGCGAAAUUAUGGGUUUCCCAGAAGAGACUACUUUUAAUAGAUUAUGUGGUAAUGAUGAGAGUGAAUCAUCAUGUGAGAAGACAACAAAGUGGAAAAUUGUUUACUAAGGAAACAAAUUUAUAAAGUUUUUUUAUUGCAUAACAAUCACCACAAUGUGUCAAAAAUGUGCCAUUAUUAACCAGAAUAUAAGUAAACAAUUUAUAUUGUAUCAAUAUUAA